UAUAUGAGGCCGCGCUCCGGCCCCACGCGGAACCCGCGACUCUGAGCCGUCCCCGGCGUCCCGACCCGAGGCCGGACCCGAGGCCAAACCGGCAACUACGCAGCCGAGGCCAGCCCCGGGCCUGCGAGGGACGCGCGUCCCGGGGCACCCGCCGCUGGCACCAUGGGCGCUGCUCACUCCGCGUCGGCGGAGGUGCGGGAGCUCGAGGGCAAGACCGGCUUCUCAUCAGAUCAGAUCGAGCAGCUUCACCGGAGGUUUAAGCAGCUGAGUGGAGACCAGCCCACCAUUCGCAAGGAAAACUUCAACAAUGUCCCUGAUCUGGAACUCAACCCAAUCCGAUCCAAAAUUGUUCGUGCCUUCUUUGACAACAGGAACCUGCGAAAGGGUCCCAGUGGCCUGGCGGACGAGAUCAACUUUGAGGACUUCCUGACCAUCAUGUCCUACUUCCGGCCCAUCGACACCAGCAUGGGGGAGGAGCAGGUAGAGCUGUCCCGGAAGGAGAAGCUGAGAUUUCUGUUCCACAUGUAUGACUCGGACAGUGACGGCCGCAUCACCCUGGAAGAAUAUCGAAAUGUAGUUGAGGAGCUGCUCUCCGGAAAUCCCCACAUUGAGAAAGAGUCUGCCCGCUCCAUUGCGGACGGGGCCAUGAUGGAGGCGGCCAGUGUGUGCGUGGGGCAGAUGGAGCCAGAUCAGGUGUACGAGGGCAUCACCUUCGAGGACUUCCUGAAGAUCUGGCAGGGGAUUGACAUCGAGACCAAGAUGCACGUCCGCUUCCUUAACAUGGAGACCAUGGCCCUCUGCCACUGACGCGCCUGCCACCUCUGCGGAGACACUACGCUUAGCCAUGGGGCAGCUGCAACACGGACUGCAACAACUGAGGCCUGGAGGGGACAGCCUUUUGCUACAGCUCCUGUAAAUAGUCAACACUUACCCACUCAUCUCAUGUCUUGAGGGUAUGGUACAUGGGACUUCAUUGUUUUUAUCUC